UCCUGAAAGUUGAUAAUUACUACCUGAAAGUUGAUAUUUAAUACCUCAAAGUUGCUAUCUAAUACUGAAAGUUGAUAUAUAAUUCUGAAGUUGAUAUCUAGUUCUUGAAAGUUUAUUUCUAUACGUGAAAGUUGUUUUUUAUAGUAGGAGAAUUUGAGAAGUUUUAUUAAUUGUUUUUGGUUUAUGAUUGAGUUGGCCUUAGAAUAUUUUCAGAAUUAACAAGAAGCUCAGGAAAAAAGACACAUAUUAUUAUCUCAGACACUCAUUGAUAUAGUUUAAUCUUGUUCAUAUUGGAAUCCAGAUCAAACAAAUCGAGUUAUUAUAUUGUAUGACCUGAACUUUAGCCAUGGCUUUUUUGACAUUGGAAUGUAAAGAAUUGAUAGAUGAAAUUGAGGUAUUGUGUAUUAUUGUAAAAGCUAGAGAAAUUGAAUGCAGAAUAAAACAAGCAGACAGUAUUUGUAAAAGCCAAUGUGAAAGUUGUACAUUUGACAGGAAAACAUUUGGUCAAACGCAAUGUGAAGAGUGUAAGAGAUGGUACCAUGAUUGCUUCAUAAACUCUGGUAUAUGUAAAGGAAAAACAGAUUAUUUGAAUGUGGUAUGGAUAUGCAUUUGUGGGUACUCAAAUUACUCAUGUAGUAUCAUUGACAAUUUCGGUAUUUUUUCAGAUGAUGGAUACUAUGAUUCCUUGAUUGACGAAUGCAUUAUUGACCAUGAUGAGUACACAGUACAGAGUGGACAGCAAAGAACACCUGGAACAUGUCUCAAAGAAAUGUCUGGAGGAGGAUCAAGAAAAUCAAAGAAAUCACACAAGAAAGACAUUUCUGCUUGCAACCAUGACUUGUUACAAACAUCAGAUUUGCCAUGCAAUAUAGAAGAUGGUAAGCACGAGUACACUGUGCACUAUGCUGAAACUGUGAAUGCAUAUGUAACUGAACAUGAAGAUCAACAGAAGGAUGCAAAGUGUUUACCUCUUACUGCUGCUUUAGAAGAAACUCUUGACAAAAGUGAUGUAACUUUUGUUAAUUUUGGAAACGAAACAUUAUCAGUCAUGUCUUCGUGUGAUGGUUACUACAUUUUCGAUCCUCAUUCUCGUAAUCAUUCAGGAAUUGAUGUAGGAAAUGGGACAAGUAUUUUGAUGCAUGCGAAGUCAUACCAAGGUGUUCAUAAGUACAUCAUUCAACUUGCAUUGUCGAUGAAUUAUCAGUGUAAUGGCGUCUUUGAAGUAAUGGGUGCAACUGCGACAGGAAAAUCUGAGAACUGUGUGUCUCCAGUAAAUGAACAGCAUGAUCCAAAGUAUUCAAUUGAAGAUAUGCUUUGUGUUUCGCACAACGAAGACAGAGUUCAGAAGAAUAGUGUAAAUACAGAUGUAGUCAAUUGUGAUAAGGAAAGUUGUGUGGAAAGUGACAGUGAUGUAAUAAAGCUGACAGACACAGCCCGCAUAAAGACGUAUGACCUUGAAUACUGCAUACCAGACACGCAGCAGUAUAGUACAAGUACUGUUCCUACAUCUUUGAAAGAUAAUCAAAGAAUUGAAGAGAAAGUUGAGAACAAGGAUGAAUGCUUAGACCCCUGUUACACAUAG